UACUUUUCUUGCUUAAAUCUACAUUCUGUCGCUUUAUAAUUGAAGCUGAUAAACGUCAAUGCUAGAAUAGAAGUUAUUCAAGCCCGUACCCUACCACUUGACUUGACCUCUACAUACUGUCAGGUUUUAACUAUGGAACAAAGUACACAUAUCGACGACCCGAUUAACUUUGACAGCAAAUUUCCUGUACGAAAUCUCGCUACUGUGAAUUUAGCAGGUCCGAACAACUUGUCCAACGUCGUGCGUUUGACCUCAGCUCUGAAAAGUACUGUAAUCUACGCAACGCUUAUCAUAGUCUUAUACUAUGGCAUUCUCGCUAUAUACAACAUCUACCUUCACCCGCUUCGAAAGUUUCCAGGCCCCAAAUUGAGAGCUGCGUCGGACUGGCCGUAUGUUGUUUCCCUACUGCGAGGCACCUCACCGCAGGACAUGCUGGAAAUGCAUAAGAGAUAUGGCCGAGUAGUGCGUGUAGCGCCCAACGAACUCACCUUCGUUAGUCCUGCAGCCUGGACAGAAAUUUAUGGACAGAAAAGACGCGGUCAGGACGAGCUCGUUAAGGAUAAGAAGUAUUAUUCAGGAAUGGGUGAGCCGACACUACUUCAUUCAAACCAGGAACAGCAUGCCCAUCUUCGGAAACUGCUAGCACAUGGUUUCUCUAAUUCUUCGUUGCAAAAGCAGGAAGCUGUAAUCCAGAAGUAUCUUGAUAUCUUGAUGAAUACCCUCAGACACCAGUGUCAAGAUGGGCAGUCUGUUUUAGACCUCAAGGACUGGGUCAAUUUUUUUGUGUUCGAUGUAAUUGCAUAUUUGACAUACGGACAAUCUUUCAAUUGUCUAGAGUCGCGCAAUGUGCACUCUUGGAUCGAACUAGUCCCCAAGCUCGCUAGAUUCAUGGCUCUUAUGCAAGCAGCACAGCGGCUACCAAUCUUCAUCAAACCUCUAUUCUUGCUCUACGGUAUCAGUACGAAUCUGCGGUCGAAUGUGAGAACCAUUCAAGCAAUUAGCAAGGAAAAAGUGGAUUACCGCCUAAACUCACGACCAAUGGUUCCAGAUUUUAUGGAAAAGCUGAUUGACGAAUAUAAAGAUGGCAGAAUGACCAUGUACCAACUCGACUCCAACGCUUCUUUCCUUAUGGCAGCAGGAAGUGAAACACUAGCGACAGUUCUCACACAUGCAGUCUUCCAGCUUCUAACAAAUCCAAGGACGCUAGAGAAGCUUACGGCAGAAAUCCGCACUAAAUUCACAUGCUCAGCAGAGAUAACUAUGUCCAGCGUCAAUGAGUGCAAAUACCUACUAGGUUGUGUUGAAGAGACUAUGAGGAUUCAAGCGCCUUCUCCCGCCACACAUCCUCGAUACACAAAUGCUACUGGCGCAGUGAUCGAUGGGUUUCAGGUGCCAGGGAAUGUGGCAGUCGGAAUCCCCAUUUACGCGGCGUGCAAAAGUGCCCUCAAUUUCUACGAUGCGGAGAGCUAUAUUCCUGAGAGAUGGACUGGAGAAGAUCCGCUCUAUAGUCACGACCUCAGGGAAGCUGCGCGAGUGUUUUCACUUGGACCACGUGAUUGCCUCGGGCGGAACUUGGCAUAUGCUGAGCUGAAAUUGGUGAUUGCGCGAUUGGUGUGGCAUUUCAACUUGGAAGCAUGCUUCGACGCGAACUGGUCAGACCAAAAGGUCUAUAUGGUCUGGGAGAAGCCACCUUUCAUGGUGAAGCUGGUGCCGGUGCAGAGCAGCUGGGCAACCUGAUUCCACAAUGGUUCAUAGGGAUUAUUUCAAGCUAUUUUUGCUGCGGAUUGCUCCUUGCCUGCAUAAGCCGGGAAUCUUAAUUAAAGAAUGGGAAACCGCAACCAUAACUGAACGGUGCUGGGGUUACCAUUCGAUGAGAGUAUGUAAGUUGUUUGCUAAUUUCUACAAAGUAGGAUAGCCUCAAAUGCUCUUCUUCUCUUUAUCCCAACUGUGCAUAACAUCUUGACUAGGUAGUUGGGACACUAUCUUAACAGAUCGUUCUACUGAGCUUAACAUGCCAGCUUUUCGCUUCAUGCCUGAAAUUGAAAGUCUUGACGCAGCGCA